CCAUUCCACUUAAACAAAUAAAGAAUUUGAUUUUAUUUAUUUAUUUUUUAUUUUUUUAUUUUAAAGUUCCAAUUCUUCCUUAGAAAAGAAAUCGUGUAUAAUCAAUGAAAAUCCUUGAGUAAGAGUUCAAUUUCACCAAACUUCAACAGGAUACCACUGUCUCUAGCUUCAAUUCUCUGUGUGUGUUUGUUCUCUUAUCAGAUCUUCAAUUCUCCAUCUCCUUCUCAAUCAGCAAACCGAAGCUGGAGCAGUUGAAGACAAUUGGUAGGGAGCUCGCAAUGGGCUCCCAAGGAGGAUUCGGACAAUCUAAAGAAUUCCUAGAUCUCGUCAAAUCAAUCGGUGAGGCUCGAUCUAGGUCCGAAGAAGAUCGAAUCGUUCUUCACGAAAUCGAAACCCUAAAACGCCGAAUUAUCGAACCUGAUAUUCCUAAAAGGAAGAUGAAAGAGUUCAUAAUUCGCCUUGUUUAUGUUGAAAUGCUUGGUCAUGAUGCUUCUUUUGGGUACAUUCAUGCUGUUAAAAUGACCCAUGAUGAUAAUAUCCUCCUUAAGCGUACUGGGUACUUAGCUGUUACACUUUUUCUCAAUGAAGAUCAUGAUCUUAUCAUUCUCAUCGUUAAUACUAUCCAGAAAGACUUGAAAUCUGAUAAUUAUCUUGUUGUUUCUGCUGCUUUGAAUGCUGUUUGUCGAUUGAUCAAUGAGGAAACUAUUCCUGCUGUUUUGCCCCAAGUUGUUGACUUACUUAAUCAUCCCAAAGAGGCUGUAAAGAAGAAGGCUGUUAUGGCUUUACACCGCUUUUUCCAGCAAUCUUCUUCUUCUGUUUCUCAUCUCGUCUCCAAUUUUCGCAAGAAGCUUUCUGAUAAUGAUCCCUCAGUCAUGGGUGCCGCACUUUGUCCUUUAUUUGAUCUGAUUACAAUAGAUGCUAAUUCCUAUAAAGAUUUAGUUGGGAGCUUUGUUAGUAUUUUAAAACAAGUAGCAGAAAGAAGAUUGCCGAAAAGCUAUGAUUAUCAUCAGAUGCCUGCUCCGUUCAUUCAGAUUAAGUUGCUCAAAAUUUUGGCAUUACUGGGUAGUGGUGAUAAGCACGCGAGUGAACAAAUGUAUACAGUUCUGGGUGACUUAAUUAGGAAGGCAGAUGCUUCUAGCAACAUAGGAAAUGCUGUCCUUUAUGAAUGUGUGUGCUGUGCAUCAGCUAUACAUCCCAGUGCUAAAUUAUUGGAAGCUGCAGCAGACGCAAUAUCAAAGUUUCUGAAGAGUGAUAGUCAUAAUCUGAAAUACAUGGGCAUUGAUGCCCUUGGUCGAUUGAUCAAGCUAAGCCCAGACGUUGCAGAACAACAUCAACUGGCAGUGAUUGAUUGUUUGGAGGAUCCAGAUGAUUCCCUCAAGCGAAAAACAUUUGAACUACUGUACAAGAUGACCAAGUCCUCUAAUGUUGAAGUUAUUGUAGAUCGUAUGAUCGAUUAUAUGAUAAGUAUUAAUGAUAAUCAUUACAAAACUGAAAUUGCAUCACGGUGUGUUGAACUGGCUGAGCAAUUUGCCCCUAGUAAUCAAUGGUUUAUUCAGACAAUGAACAAGGUAUUUGAGCAUGCAGGUGAUCUGGUAAACAUAAAGGUGGUGCACAAUUUAAUGCGUUUGAUUGCGGAGGGAUUUGGAGAGGAAGAUGAUACUGCUCAUGGUCAGCUGAGAUUAUCUGCUGUCGAGUCAUAUUUGCAAUUUAUUGGUGAGCCAAAGCUGCCAUCUACAUUCCUACAAGUUAUUUGCUGGGUAUUGGGGGAGUAUGGAACCACUUAUGGGAAGUAUUCUGCUUCAUAUAUUACCGGCAAGCUUUGUGAUGUAGCAGAAGCCUAUUCAACUGAUGACACAGUGAAGGCCUAUGCACUUACAGCUCUUAUGAAGAUAUAUGCAUUUGAGAAAGCAGCAGGGAGAAAAGUGGACAUGCUUCCCGAGUGUCAGUCACUGAUAGAAGAAUUGUCAGCCUCCCAUUCAACAGAUUUGCAGCAGCGUGCAUAUGAACUGCAAGCUGUUAUUGGUUUGGAUUCUCAAGCUGUUGAAAGUAUACUACCGUUUGAUGCAAGUUGUGAGGACAUUGAGGCUGACAAAAACCUCUCAUUCCUCAAUGGCUAUGUGCAACAAGCUAUUGAAAAUGGAGCUCAACCUUACAUCUCUGAGAAUCAACGUUCUGGAAUACAUAGUAUCAGCAACUUUUUAAGCCAAACUCAAAAUGAGCCAUCCUCUCAUGGACUUAGGUUUGAAGCUUAUGAGCGUCCGAAGCCUAUAGAGCAGCCGAAGCCUACUCAGGCUUCACAUUUGCCUUCAACAGAACUUGUCUCUGUGCCAGAGCCAUCGUAUACCAGAGAGAUCCACCAGGUUGCAUUGGUGAGACCAUCAGGUGAUUCUGGAGCCAAUGAGAUCAAGCUACGGCUUGAUGGGGUCCAAAAGAAAUGGGGAAAGCCAAAUUAUUCAUCUACACCUACUUCAAGCUCUUCUCAGAAUUUUAAUGGUUUUUCACAACAUGACACUGGUGCUGCCAGUGCCAGCUCAAAACCCCGGGAUAGUUCCAGCAAAAAACAGCAAGUGGAAAUUGAUCCAGAGAAACAGAAACUUGCUGCUUCACUGUUUGGAGGUAUUUCAAAAACAGAGAAAAGGCCUUCUGCAACCACCCAUAAACCUACCAAAACAUCUAGUCAUGUCGAGAAAUCCCUAGAAAUGAAAUCAGCAAUAGUGAUGACUUCACCAGAAAUUCCUCCACCUGACUUGCUCGAUUUUGGUGAACAAGAUAACACAGCUAGCUCUUCAUCCACAAUUGAUCCUUUUACACAGUUGGAAGGUCUUCUCGAGCAAAACCCAGGUGCAUCUCCAAAUAAUUCUAGCUCCGUCAUUUCUACCAAAGACUCUGAUCUUAUGUCUCUUUAUGGUGAUAUUCCGACGAACACACAAUCUGGUUUUGCUGAUAUUCUUAGCAGAGACGAUAACCUUUUAUCUGGGUCAUCUAAUGCCACCAAUAAGAAUAAUCAUGCCCUACAAUCGCAAGAAAGCAAGGGCCCUAAUCUGAAGGAUGCAUUGCAAAAGGAUGCCUUGGUCAGGCAGAUGGGUGUUACCCCGGCUAGCCAA